UACGGCCGUCUUGCGCGACGCUCCUCCUUUUCCUCUCCUCGCUAAGAUGGCGGUGGCCGGGACUCUCUACACUUACCCCGAGAACUGGCGGGCAUUCAAAGCCCUCAUUGCUGCUCAAUAUAGCGGGGCCAAGAUCAAAGUCCUCUCCACGCCGCCCCAGUUCCACUUCGGGCAGACCAACAAGACCCCUGAAUUUCUGAAAAAAUUCCCAGUUGGAAAGGUUCCGGCCUUCGAAGGGGAUGAUGGAUUUUGCAUAUUUGAGAGCAACGCCAUUGCACACUACGUCAGCAACGAAGAACUGCGAGGUACAACUCAAGAGGCAGCUGCCCAGGUCCUUCAGUGGGUGAGCUUCGCUGACAGCGACAUCGUGCCUCCAGCCAGCACCUGGGUCUUCCCCACACUUGGCAUAAUGCAAUAUAACAAGCAGGCUACGGAGUACGCCAAGGAGGAAGUGAAACGGAUUCUGAGCCUACUUGAUUCCCACCUGAAGACUUGCACGUUUUUGGUCGGGGAGCGCAUCACCCUGGCGGACAUCACAGUGGUCUGCACUCUGCUCUGGCUUUACAAGCAGGUUCUGGAGCCCCCCUUCCGCCAGCCUUACGAAAAUGUGAACCGUUGGUUUGUGACCUGCAUAAACCAGCCCCAGUUCAAGGCCAUCCUGGGGGACUUGAAGCUGUGUGAGAAGAUGGCGCAAUUUGACGCCAAGAAGUUUGCAGAGAACCAGCCUAAGAAGGAAUCCUCCAAGAAGGAGAAAACGCCGAAGGAGGAGAAGAAAGUGGAGAAGAAAGAAGAGAAGAAGGCGGAACCGGAAGAGGAAUUAGAUGAGUGUGAACAGGCCUUGGCAGCCGAGCCCAAAUCCAAAGAUCCCUUUGCUCACCUCCCCAAAAGCCCCUUCAGCAUGGACGAAUUUAAGCGGAAGUAUUCCAACGAAGAUACCCUGAAAGUGGCCCUUCCCCACUUCUGGGAGCACUUCGACAAAGGCGGUUGGUCCAUCUGGUACGCAGAGUACCGCUUUCCGGAGGAGCUGGCCCAGACUUUCAUGACUGAGCCCUGACUGGCAGGUGGACUACGAAUCCUACACCUGGCGGAAGGUGGACCCGGACAGCGAGGAGUGCAAGGAGCUGGUGAAGGAGUACUUCACUUGGGAAGGCGACUUCAAGCACGUCGGGAAAGCGUUCAACCAAGGCAAGAUCUUCAAAUGAGGCGGCCGGACGACGCCAGCCCCCCCCUCCCCCAAAUACGGACACGAUGAGGGACAUCUCUCUGGAGCGGCUACCACCGCCGCUGUUAAGGAAGACAAAAAUUUAAACAGAAGACCGACUCAGGCAGCAGGAGAGGCAGUGACAUUCUAAGCUGUGCAUUAAAAUCCUGAGCGCAUUAA